AGGAAGCCAAUCUCUAUGUCGGAACUGGAAUCAGUGUACUUGCAUCGGCCAACUAACCGGAGAGACAACGAAGCCGAAAAACAUGGGCGGAAAAAGAAAGAAGAUCGAAAACGAAGAGAUGGAGGGAGAUAACGGUAGCAAAAACAGUAAUAAAAAGAUGAAGGAGAAGAGCGUGAUACUUCCUUCCUUCAUAAAGAACAAGGAGAAGAGAUCAGCAGUGCACGCCAAACUUAAGCACCAAAAGAAGCUCGAGAAACGCAAGAAGCUUAAAACUCGCGACGCCACUAAAAAACGCGCUCUCGAACUCGGAGAAGAGCCUCCACCGAAGCAAAUCCCUCGCACUAUUGAAAACACAAGAGAGGCCGACGAGACUGUUUGCAUGCCUGAUGAUGAAGAGUUGUUUGCUGGUAAUGACGCAGACGAAUUUCGUUCGAUUCUAAAGCGUGAUUGCACUCGACAGAUAUUAAUCACGACUUACCGUUUCCAUUCUACUGGACCUGCUUUUAUCUCCGAAUUGCUUUCGAUGAUCGCCAAUGCCCAUUACUGUAAGAGAGGAACAUAUGACUUGAAAAAGAUUGUGGAAUAUGCGAGUAAAAAAGAGUUCGUGUCAAUUAUAGUAGUUCACACCAACCGAAGAGAACCGGAUGCUCCUCUAGUCAUUGGAUUGCCUGAUGGGCCUACGGCCCAUUUCAAGCUUUUGAGUCUAGUUUUGAGAAGGGAUAUUAAGAAUCACGGAAAUCCUACCAGUCAUAAGCCUGAGCUAGUGUUAAAGAACUUCAUGAAUCGCCUGGGCAUCGUAUUGGGAGGUUGUGUACUGUUCUCUAUCUUUUAGUCUAUUGCUGAAUUUUUAGAUUCUGCCACAAAUUGCACAUCCCCCUCACUUUUCUAAAUGUUUAUACUGGAAGUCUGGAACUACAAGCUUGUUCUUCUGUAAAAAUGUGUGUGUUAGCCUUCCAAUCUUAUGAUCUCCUCUGUAGGCUUUUCUGUCCGAGAGUUUCUCUUUUUGUUGUUGGUCUGUACUGUCUAGGCUAAUUCAAUCACAUUUUCCCCAAGAUCUUAGUUUUCAAGGUUGACGAGUUGUAACCUUUCACAAUCAACCAGAUUUUAUAUUCUUCCGACAUCAUAGGUGUGCCUCAGUGGCCUCUGAAUCUACUGCAAGUUAAGUAAUUGAUGAUUGUAUGAAUUUCUUUUUUUUUUACAUGUGUAUUCAUGCAAUCCGGUAUAUAUUUGAAACCAAGGAGAGUGAACAGAGUGACUCAAAAGGUAAAAAGGGAAAGGAUGCUAAGGGUGACAGCAUCACUAAAGAAAAAGUAGUUGCUCAUCUUCAGGUGUGGUCCUCGGUUUUCAUUAAAGUUAAUAAGUCUACUGCAUGGGACAUUUGAUACCAAAGGGGGUGAGUAUGAGUGGGUUCACAAGCCUGAAAUGGACACCAGCCGUAGGAGGUUUUUCUUGUAACUUUGAUUGAUGCUUUCAUUUGCUUUCUCAAAUGCAACAAUUUUCUAUCAAAGAGGGAGAGUAUCAACAAGGAGAAAAUGAAGUCGAUAUUUUUAUAUUCUCCCUUCUGCUGACAUCCUUACUGUUGUUUUGAGCUUUGUUAAAUUUAUAUGAUCAGUUUUGGCCGAUUGCAUGACAGAUGUGGGAAAAAAUUAGAUUGUUGUC